AUGGCCGGCUUCGUUUGCCACCUUCUGCUGGUUUUCCUCUUCACCCGGGAAACGGCUUACGGCACUUCAUUCGGAAACAGUCUGUCCGAUCCGCUGCUCGAUCCGGACUUUAUCGACAGUCCGCCGAUGGUGCAGCCGAAGUUCACCUCCCGGUCGCAGUCGGUCCGGGCCGUCAUUGGCGAUACGAUUACGCUUCCCUGCGAGGUGGAAAAUCUAGGUCGCAACAUACUACUCUGGCGCCGAGGGAGUGCCGUCGUAACGGCGGCCAAUCUUAUCAUUACCCGCGACACACGGUUCAAGCUGCUCGAGGGCUACAGCUUGCAGAUUAAAAACGUACGCCCGCAGGACGCCGGGGAUUACAAUUGCCAAAUCGGUGACCACGACAACCGGGAUCUGGUGCACACGGUCGAGAUACUGGUGCCGCCCUCGGUGCGCUCCAACCCGGAAUCCGGUCACGUCACCGUCCGGAAGGGUGGUACCGCGACGCUCGAGUGCAAAGCCUCCGGCAACCCCGUACCGAGCAUCAGCUGGACACGGAAGGAUUCGAUACACGGCUCGCCGCAUCUCUCCGAGGGACCCACACUCACGCUGGAAAAUGUGAACCGGCAGGACAGUGGAACGUACCGGUGCUACGCAGACAACGGCAUCCGGGAGCCGGUCUUCGUCGACAUGCAGCUGAUUGUCCUGUCACCGCCGGAAAUCACGGUCGAAAAAUCCUGGGUACACGCGGGCGAAGGAUACGAGGCACAGCUAGUCUGCACCGUACACGGAGAUGCUAAUCCAGAGGUUAUGUGGUACCAGGACUCCUUUCUGUUGCAUCCCAACGACAGACGAACGAUGGAUACGCGCGGUGAAAAGCACUAUCUAACCGUCCGGAACGUUCGAGCAUCUGAUUUUGGCAAUUAUAGCUGCGUGGCGGAAAAUUCACUAGGACGCGCCAAAAAGUACAUCGAAGUAUCGGGCCGGCCCGGUCCCGCUCAGUUCCAUUCGCCGAUGUACAGCAGAUACCGGGAAAUGUACAACCUAACAUGGAGCAUUGAAUCAUUCCCGCUGAUAGAGGAAAUAAGAUUACUUUACAGAAAAUUAAUGAUGAACGAGUCUUAUCAACAUCCGGGCAGAUGGCACGACAUCAUCCUGAACCCACCGUCAACGAGAUCGGAAUCCUUUCGGCACAUCAUGACAUACACCAUCAAGGGGCUUGAUCCGAACUCCGUCUACGAAACGAUCGUGCAGGCGAAAAAUCGCUACGGCUGGAAUGAGGUAAGCGACAUUUUCCAGUUUUACACCCUCAGCACGGACAUGCCGAACGAGGACGUGGAGCAAACGCUCGGUUCGACGGCAUACGGCAACAACUACCGGGCGCUGAACCACUGCACCACGCUCGCGAGCGAACUAAUCCCGGGCACGAUUAUACUGAGCUUAGCGGCGGCCGUUUGGCGAUUGGUAAGCACAUAAACACUUGCUCCGUAGUGUGUGUAGAGAAAAUGGAAGGCUCCUCUAGAUGUGUACUUUAAUUUUUGCCUCAAGACACAAAAAAAAUCCUUAGCGGCGGGUUUUUUUCUGUUUUUCAUUCGGGAGUUUAGUUUUAAUCACUAUGAAUACAAAACCAAAAGAGAGAAACAAAAAACAAACCACCAUAAUGUUAGAGUGUGUGAGUGUGUUAGAAAGCGCUACAUGAGGCGGGACAUUUAAACCAUCCAUAAACCAAUAAGCCUGUCCAUCUUGUCCAUCUGGCCAGGGGCGUUCUUUGUCACGAAUUUCUACUAUUACUUACGUGGGGGAGACGAAGAGGAAAAACAACCAGUUACAACAGAACAAGUACGGUUAGAUACAAACAAAAAAUUACUGCAUGAUUCAUGGUAUUAAACAUUUGUGCUCCGAUGGAUGGGAAAAUUCAUACGAGGCGCGUGCGAUGAAUGUUUCAAAACCGACAACAAACAAAAAAAACACACAAACAAUUUUGUAGUAAAGCAAAAACAUUAUAAAACACACACACACAAACAAACAGAGGAUUGUAAUGUAGCAUUGUAAGAGCAUGUAAGUGUAGGGUAAGACAAAAAUAAUAAAUGCCGUUUAACAGACGAUUAGGUAAGCCAUUCAAACGAUACACCUGUAAAAGGAAAAGGAAACAAAACACACACAAAAGAAAAGAACAGGAAGCAAGUGAACGUAAAAAUGAACGUACGUCAUGAGUUGAAGCCAAAGACAACACGAUACUGACGAUGCUGCAGUAAAAAGGGAGAGCGGAAUAAAAAUUAUUUACCACGCUGGCAAAAUAUAAAUUCCCAUUUCCUUUCGCCCAGUUUCGGGUGUAUCUUGUCCACCGGAGAAAACAAAAAAUAUAAAACACGGUUGAGUAGAAGGCAGAAACCAAACCAUAGCAUUCGAUUUGUUUCGACACAUUUUGUGAGGCAUAAGCAACAGAAUAAAACAAUGUAAAUGUGAAAUUAAGCAACCCGAUCGAAGGACUUUACUGUAACUGUACAUUAAGUUUUUAUUUUUAAGAAAUUACUUUACCGCAUUGCGCAAUAACUCGCUCUCGAUCGAAUGGGCGAUCGGCUGCCUGCCAUCCUAACCAUGUAAUGUACUACAGUACUACGAUGAAAAUAAACUUUA